GAUUAUUACCGUGUCUUUGGCACAGUCUUCCCUGAACCACCCCCUUCUCCCGUCCCCCUUCCUAUGUCCCAUCCUUUCUGCAUGAUAAGAGUUUCGUGCUUAGGGAUAUUGACUUUCUCCAACUCUCGGCCCAAUGCUAAGUCCACCUCAAUGUCCCAUUCUAACUCCCUUCGGUAGGUCUGUGCGCCUACCCAACCCCAUGUAUGCCCACAUGCUACCUUUUAAGAUGACCAUGGCUUAGCUACUCUGGGGACAUCUGUGGAUCAGCUUCUCACUGUCUUCCAGUUUAAUUUGGAAAAUUUUGAUACCUGGUGCUGCCCAAACUGUUUGUUGUCUCCAUUUUUUAUAUUUAAUCUUGUAGUCAUAAUGUUGAUCACAAAUGAAUACAUUUAUGUGCCCGGGAUCCAGGAAUCCUGGUUUUGGUGGCAGUUUCCCUUGAUUUUAUUGAGACUUUUAAGUUGGUCCCUUUACAUUUUUAUUUCUAGUUCACAAUCCAAAAAAAAUUAUUAAUCAGAAUUCAGUUUUGGGAAGACGAGGGGUCAUACGGUUUGUAUUUUCACAUGUGAAUGUAGGAAUUAUGGUCUCUAUACCUAGCAAAGGGGUCUUGUGUCUCUGAGUCCAGUGAACUAAAUCCAGUAAUCUAUAAAACUGUGCCGUGCUGCCUCUAAUCCUUACCCACUUUUUUUCUUCACAUGCUGAUAAUGAGGAUUCAUGGGUCUUGAGUCAGAGCACCAGCCUUGGGGACCCUGGACCACUAUCAUGGAGACUGAGAGCGAGCAGAACUCCAAUUCCACCAAUGGGAGUUCCAGCUCAGGGGGCAGCUCUCGGCCCCAGAUAGCUCAAAUGUCACUAUAUGAACGACAAGCAGUGCAGGCUCUGCAAGCACUGCAGCGGCAGCCCAAUGCAGCUCAGUAUUUCCACCAGUUCAUGCUCCAGCAGCAGCUCAGUAAUGCCCAGCUGCAUAGCCUGGCUGCCGUCCAGCAGGUGAGAGGUCAGCAGCCAGCUGGCCCGAGAGGGAGGGGACAGGCACUACAGGCCACAAUUGCUGCCAGUCGGCAGGCCAGCUCCCCAAACACCAGCACUACACAGCAGCAGACUACCACCACCCAGGCCUCGAUGAAUCUGGCCACCACAUCGGCCGCCCAGCUCAUCAGCCGAUCCCAGAGUGUGAGCUCUCCCAGUGCUACCACCUUGACCCAAUCUGUGCUACUGGGGAACACCACCUCCCCACCCCUCAACCAGUCUCAGGCCCAGAUGUAUCUACGGCCACAGCUGGGAAACCUAUUGCAGGUAAACCGAACCCUGGGUCGGAAUGUGCCUCUAGCCUCCCAACUCAUCCUGAUGCCUAAUGGGGCAGUGGCUGCAGUCCAGCAGGAGGUGCCAUCUGCUCAGUCUCCUGGAGUUCAUGCAGAUGCAGAUCAGGUUCAGAACUUGGCAGUAAGGAAUCAACAGGCCUCAGCUCAAGGACCUCAGAUGCAAGGCUCCACUCAGAAGGCCAUUCCUCCAGGAGCCUCCCCUGUCUCUAGCCUCUCCCAGGCCUCUAGCCAGGCCCUAGCGGUGGCACAGGCUUCCUCUGGGGCCACAAACCAGUCCCUCAACCUUAGUCAAGCAGGUGGAGGCAGUGGGAAUAGCAUCCCGGGGUCCAUGGGUCCAGGUGGAGGUGGCCAGGCACAUGGUGGUUUGGGUCAGUUGCCUUCCUCAGGAAUGGGUGGUGGGAGCUGUCCCAGGAAGGGUACAGGAGUGGUGCAGCCCUUGCCUGCAGCCCAAACAGUGACUGUGAGCCAGGGCAGCCAGACAGAGGCAGAAAGUGCAGCAGCCAAGAAGGCAGAAGCAGAUGGGAGUGGCCAGCAGAAUGUGGGCAUGAACCUGACACGGACAGCCACACCUGCGCCCAGCCAGACACUUAUUAGCUCAGCCACCUACACACAGAUCCAGCCCCAUUCACUGAUUCAGCAACAGCAACAGAUCCACCUCCAGCAGAAACAGGUGGUGAUCCAGCAGCAGAUUGCCAUCCACCACCAGCAGCAGUUCCAGCACCGGCAGUCCCAGCUCCUUCAUACAGCUACACACCUCCAGUUGGCGCAGCAGCAGCAGCAGCAGCAACAACAGCAACAGCAGCAACAGCAGCAGCCGCAAGCCACCACCCUCACUGCCCCUCAGCCACCACAGGUCCCACCUACUCAGCAGGUCCCACCUUCCCAGUCCCAGCAGCAAGCCCAAACCCUGGUCGUUCAGCCCAUGCUUCAGUCUUCACCCUUGUCUCUUCCACCUGAUGCAGCCCCUAAGCCACCAAUUCCCAUCCAAUCCAAACCACCUGUAGCACCUAUCAAGCCACCUCAGUUAGGGGCUGCUAAGAUGUCAGCUACCCAGCAACCACCACCCCAUAUCCCUGUGCAAGUUGUAGGCACUCGACAGCCAGGUACAGCCCAGGCACAGGCUUUGGGGUUGGCACAGCUGGCAGCUGCUGUACCUACUUCCCGGGGGAUGCCAGGUACAGUGCAGUCUGGUCAGGCCCAUUUGGCCUCCUCGCCACCUUCAUCCCAGGCUCCUGGUGCACUGCAGGAGUGCCCUCCCACAUUGGCCCCUGGGAUGACCCUUGCUCCUGUGCAGGGGACAGCACAUGUGGUAAAGGGUGGGGCUACCACCUCCUCACCUGUUGUAGCCCAGGUCCCUGCUGCCUUCUAUAUGCAGUCUGUGCACUUGCCGGGUAAACCCCAGACAUUGGCUGUCAAACGCAAGGCUGACUCUGAGGAUGAGAGAGAUGAUGUCUCCACAUUGGGUUCAAUGCUUCCUGCCAAGGCAUCUCCAGUAGCAGAAAGCCCAAAAGUCAUGGACGAGAAGAGCAGUCUUGGAGAAAAAGCUGAAUCCGUGGCUAAUGUGAAUGCUAAUACUCCAAGCAGUGAACUAGUAGCCUUGACCCCCGCCCCUUCAGUACCGCCUCCUACACUAGCCAUGGUGUCUAGACAAAUGGGUGACUCAAAACCCCCACAGGCCAUCGUGAAGCCCCAGAUUCUCACCCACAUCAUUGAAGGCUUUGUUAUCCAGGAAGGAGCAGAACCUUUCCCGGUGGGUUGUUCUCAGUUACUGAAGGAGUCUGAGAAGCCACUACAGACUGGCCUUCCGACAGGGCUGACUGAGAAUCAGUCAGGUGGCCCUUUGGGAGUGGACAGCCCAUCUGCUGAGUUAGAUAAGAAGGCGAAUCUCCUGAAGUGCGAGUACUGUGGGAAGUACGCCCCCGCAGAGCAGUUUCGUGGCUCUAAGAGGUUCUGCUCCAUGACUUGCGCUAAGAGGUACAAUGUGAGCUGUAGCCAUCAGUUCCGGCUGAAGAGGAAAAAAAUGAAAGAGUUUCAAGAAGCCAACUAUGCUCGCGUUCGCAGGCGUGGACCCCGCCGCAGCUCCUCUGACAUUGCCCGUGCCAAGAUUCAGGGCAAGUGCCACCGGGGUCAAGAAGACUCUAGCCGGGGUUCAGAUAAUUCCAGUUAUGAUGAAGCACUCUCUCCAACAUCUCCUGGGCCUUUAUCAGUAAGAGCUGGGCAUGGAGAACGUGACCUGGGGAAUCCCAAUACAGCUCCACCUACACCGGAAUUACAUGGCAUCAACCCUGUGUUCCUGUCCAGUAAUCCCAGCCGUUGGAGUGUAGAGGAGGUGUACGAGUUUAUUGCUUCUCUCCAAGGCUGCCAAGAGAUUGCAGAGGAAUUUCGCUCACAGGAGAUUGAUGGACAGGCCCUUUUAUUACUUAAGGAAGAACAUCUUAUGAGUGCCAUGAACAUCAAGCUGGGCCCUGCCCUCAAGAUCUGCGCCAAGAUAAAUGUCCUCAAGGAGACCUAAGGUGGCCCUCUUGCACAAACCAGCCUAAGGCAGACACUCUCCACUGUCCAGGUUAUAACCUGGUACCAGCAGACUUUGCAGGGAAGAAAGAGUUGUUCCAAUCAUGUAACCUUCUGUAGGGGAUUACUGAGACAGGGAAGAGAAGUGCAAGAAUUGGUUGCUGGUGCUACAUGGCGGCAGCUUUGACAUUUUCUCUGGGUUCUACUUUAUUUUUUAAAAUCUUUACAAUUCUCACCAUUUCACCUACCUUAAUCCAAUCUUUAUAAAAGAGGCAGUCUAGAGAACUAGGACUGCUCAGCCUUAUCCUGGAGUGGAGCAUUUAGCCCAGGUCUUAAUUCUCCAAGAGGAGGAAUACAUAGUAUGGUAAGGCAAGGAACUGGGUGGAAUGUCAGGUUGCCUGCCCAAUGGGAGAGGUAGGGUUUUUCUAGCUUGUGUGACAGAAGUAGCAAAAUCUGGUACUCCCCCCUCCCAGUGUAGCUGUGGCUCAGAGUUUUUUCUUUUUGUUGUCACUUACUCCCUUGUGAUUGAAUUUUUUCUCCUGCAUCCAUGGCAGGAUCCCCAGCCAGUAUAGAGACUUGGUUGGCAUCUUCUGCUGCAGGGACUAAAAGUAUUUGACUGGGGCACAUGUGGCUGUUGUCAUUCUUUCUGCAUCCCACUGUUCCCCUCCAAUUUAUGUUAUUUUCUACCCUGUUUUUCAGUUCCAUCUCUGCUCUGUCCUAUAGCUUUAUAAAACCAGAGUGUGUGGGGCUGAGGUCAGGAGUAUAAGUACCUGCCUUAGGCACUAUUCCUUAUAUAACAAAAAUAUUAAAUAUUUUUUUCCUCAGUAAAAGGAUGAAAAUUGG